UGUCAAAGUGGAAAACGCCGCCAUAGACGAAAAAAUUAAAAAAGGAGUAUUAGGAAAAACCCAAGAAGCUAACGAAACCUUCAAGGAAACUCUGAAAAAACAAAAUAAAAAUGAAGUGAAACUUAUGUCUAGUAGCAACCCAACCAAGGAAAGAAUUGGGGAGAAUAAUCUUCAUUUCCGGCGAGCGGAAGGAUAUAAACAAGUAGUAGUCGAUAUUGAAGGAACUACAGAAAAAGCAUUUUUUGACUUCGAUGAAAAAACUGGUAAACCCAAAUUUGCGGGAAACGGAAAAACUAAUGAAAAAAAGGCCAAUGCUAAAAAUAUUGAGUUAAAAAAUACCGUUGAGGCUUUAAGACUGGACAAUAAUGAUUUAAAAACCAAACUCCAACAUCGUAAUUGGGGUUUAGAUGAAGAAAAAUUAACCAAACUGGAUGCACUCUUGACAGAACAAAAAGUAGAGAAUGUGGAAAAUUUGCGAACCAAAAUUCAAGAAUUAGAAACCAAUCAGAAAAAUGAAGAGAUAGAAAAAAGAUUAGAACAUCUUUCAACUCUCCGUAAUCAUCUCAGCCAAAAAUUACAAAAAUUAACUACCGAUUUAAUCGAAAGCGAAAAGAAACACGAAAAAGGACUAGAAGUUUACUUGAAACAAGAAAAAGAAAUUGACGAACUAAAAAAAGAAAUCCAGGAACAAGUUCAAUACGGAGCCGAAGAAAUUACCAAAGCAGAAAAGCAAAAAAGAUCCUUAAUUCAAGAGAAAAACCACCUUAUUAUCCAGUUAGAAAACUGUCAAAGUGAAUUGCAAUCAACUCGCUAUUCUAACCGAUUAAGUGGAUUAGAAAGAGAAAAAUUAAGUAAAUUAGAACGCUUAGAAAGAGAGGGUGAAUUUGACAAAACCUUAAAGUGUAUUCUUUCUUUUCUGGCUGGUUAUGGAAUUUCUUCCGGAUUACAUAUUUUGUUAGAUUCGCAAGGAACACCAAUCUUUCCAGGAGAAUCGUUAGGUGGUAAAGAGGAUUCUGUUAGGCAAGCGAGGUUAGCAAUGAAAGACUUUUCUGCUCAAAAAGAUUUCGAAAAAGAACAAAUUAUUAAUCUUACUAGCCGAUUGAAAAAAGCACAAAGCGAUGAAAAUACAGAAAGAUUUCUUGAACAAAUUGGGAUAAUGAACAAAAGGAUUGAGAGAUUAGAAAAAGAACAGUGGAAAGUUGAACAAAUUAACGAUCUUAAUUUGCUCUCCCGAACUUUUCAAAACCUUCCUUCUCGCUAUCGGUCCCAAACACUUUCUCCCCAAACAUUUAUCACCAAAAUUAUGGAACUAGAAAGAAAAUUAAAAGCCAGUAAAGAGAGAACUGAAGGAAUCGAAGAAAUCUCCUCUAACUCAAAUGACCGAGUUGUUAGGUGGGUUAGGGGGAUUAAACGGAAUGCCAUAGCCGAGAUUUAUCAUCAUGCUGAGGAAUUAAGCCAAUUACCAAAAAUUACGGUAGGAGAGAAAAUUUUCGUUACUCUCAAUGAUGGAACUACUCUCGAUAGUUUACAGGUAAUUAUUGCUCAAAAAAACGACUUAUCGAGCCAAAUAAAUUUUGGCGGCUGCUUGCUAGUAAGUGGAAAAUUAUUUCUUACUCCCCAACGAAAACAGUUUUGUGAAUUAAAGGCCAGUGAAAUUUCCUUCUCUAACCCAGUUAUUAGCGAUUGUCCUCUCCAAAAAAAGAAUAUCCCUUUGGAAGUAGUGCGAGACUAUCCUCAUUUAAGAACCAAAACCAACUACUUUUUAACACUAUUUCGUCUUCGCCAUAGCAUUAUUCCUACUCCCAUUAUUACGAGUAAUGAUGCCGAAGGAGCCGGAGAAACUUUUAAUAUUACUACCGAGUUCUUUGCUAAAUCGGCCAAACUAACCGUUAGUGGACAACUUCAUGCCGAAGCCUUAGCCCAAGGAUUAGGAAAAGUUUAUACUUUUAGCCCUUGUUUUCGGGCCGAAAAAUCUCACACUACUCCCGAAAUGGUUUUAGUAAAUUUAAACGAAGUGAUUGAUUUUGUCGAAAGACUAAUCAAAUAUGUGAUAAACUACGUUCUAGAUGUUAAUAGAAAGGAAUUAAAGUAUUUAGAGGAGUAUAACAAAGAAAAACCAAAAGAGAUAAUUAACAAACUGAAAAAAGUUGUCAAUAAGCCGUUUAAAAGAAUUGAUUUUGCUCAAACUGGCAAAAUAUUAAAGGCUAAGAAAGAAAAUUUUGAGGAUUUGCCAACUGAACAGGAAAAAUAUUUGUGUCAAUACUUUGCUGGCCCGGUGUUUAUCACUAAUUAUCCUAGCGAGUUAAAAGCCUUUUAUAUGCAAAACAACUCAGACGGAAACACGGUGGCGGGUUUUGACUUAAUCUUCCCGGAAAUUGGCGAACUAAUUGGAGGAAGCCUUCGUGAGAGUGAUUAUCAAAUUUUAAGAAAAAAAACUCGAAAAACUGGCUUAACUGGGAAAAAUAUGGAUUGA